CGGAGAGAGAGGGUGAGCAGCAUUUGCACCCCCAGCUCAAACCCAUCGACAUUCCCCUCCCCUCCCCUCCUCCGUCCCACCUCUUUCCGCUGAUAAGCACAGCACUCCCCUGCCUUCCAUUAGACGGCCGGCCCGGACGACGAUUCUUCAAGGUGGAGCGAAUGGCGGUGGAGUGGUCCGACGGCGGCGAGGAGUUCCUGCUCCCCGACGAGUUCUUGGACGACGACUUCUUCUCCGAGGAGGAGAAGGCCGCGGUGGCCGCGCGGAGCGAGAGCGAUGAGGAGGACAGCUUGGCCGGCCUCUCGCGCCGCCUCGCCGGCCUCCUCGGCGGCGACAAACUUGCCGUCACGCCUGCCAAGGAGGAGGUGACUGCGGGGUCGCCCAAGUCGACGCUGUGCGGGCUGCCCAAGUCCGGCCACGAGAGCCCCAACAGCGGCGCCUCCCAGGGCAACUCGCCGCCGUCGUCCCCGCUGGAGCAGCAGCCGGCCGACCCGUGGGACGUCCUCUACGAGGCGGCCGGGCAGGUCAACAGCAUCCCGGCGCCGGGCAACCCCUACGGUUUACACGGCCGCGGUGGCUUUCUGCCGCCUGCGCGGAAGGCCUCGCCUCCUCCGCCGCCGCCUCACGUGCCUGCGCCAGCCGGCACGGCCGCGGGCGGCGUGUACUACCACCCGUUCGCGCACCUCAUCACGCAGCGCCAGAUACAGGCUGCCAGGUUUCAUCUCCUCAAACAGCAGCAGCUCUUCAAGCAGCAGAGGGACCGGCAGCUGGCCGCGGCCGCUGCAUGGGGCGUGCGUCGUAACGCGGCAGCCAAGAGGGCCGGCGCCGCUCCGAUUGACCUGAGCCCGGCGUCGUUCCCGCCGCUGCUGAAGACGCAGCUGCAGCACGCGCCUGCACCCCACCCCACCCAUCCCGCCGCCGCCGGCAUGCGGGCCGUGUUCCUGACGCCGCCCGGCGCCAAGCGCGAGCGCAACGGCACCGGCGUCUUCCUCCCGCGCCCGGCCGGCGCCCCCGCCGAGCCCAGGAAGAAGUCUGGCUGCUCGACGGUUCUUGUCCCCGCCCGUGUCGUGCACGCUCUGAAUCUGAACCUCGACGACCUCGCCGCCCAGCCUCGCUACGCCGGUGGCAUCGUUCUUGACCAUGAGGCCUUGAUCAGUCGGAGCAACGCCAUGCUCGCAAGCCAGAAGAUGCGGGCCGCGGAGAGCCCGGCGCCGCCGGCGCUCUGCCACAGUUCCUGAACCCAGUCUCCCACCGGAACAAUCCCUGUUCUUGGCUCCAUUUAAUCUCAAAAAUAAAAAUUAGUACCAGCAGUAAUCUGUAUUAGGUUGUAGUAGCACUAGUAAUAGAAGUAGUAGUAGUAGCGUCAGUUUUAGCAGGUGUGUAUUUUGGAUUGGUGACGCAUUGGUUUUGGGGCGCCGGCGAUGGUAAAGCGGUGGAGAUGGAUGAGCAAGCAAGAAAUCCAUGUUAGUUGGUUUGUUAGAAGCAAUAAGUGGGGCUCUUUCGGAGGCGAGAGAGAUGUGUUAGCGGUUUGUAGCAGGCGAGAUGAUAAUGUUGGAGUGAAAUGAGGCUAUAAUCUUGAAGGAGCAGAAAUAAAAGGCCCAUGUUAUCUCCCCGUCUCCGUCCAUGGCUGGCUUUCUUUGCCGCUUUGCCAAGGAGCCCCAGCGCACAUCCAGCUAAGGUUUCCCUCUCUGUUCCCCACCCCUUCUGCAGCCUUUCGCUUGCGCCUGAAGCUUUGCCGUGGGCUCCAUGAAUAAGGGCGCUCGUUCGUUGUGUGUGACGAGAAAUAAAGGAAGGAUUUUCUUGAUUUUUGUUGUAAUAGUUAGUUGUAGUACUAAGUAUUUCAUUUCAUUCGUUGCUUUAGCGGCAACAGCCGCAAAGUUAGGCUCCGCUUUAUGAUAAUAAUAGAAAUAAUUAUAGAAUUGUACUUGUUCCUCGGAA